AUGGCAAGAAGAAAUGCUUAUUCCAACGAGGAGUACACCGAUAUGGUGUUGUGCUUGGGCUGGGCUGAGGGUAAUGCGAAUGCAGCUGCUCGACGGUACGCUGAGCUUUACCCUCUCAGAGCACAACACCCUAAUCCUCGGACGAUAGAAAAUACCGUGAGGAGGUUGAGGGAAACGGGCAGUGUCGUGGUCAGGAAUCCUGAUGGAGGACGCCAACGCCAACGCGAUCGCCUUCAUGACCCUAUCGUCGCAGCUUUCGCCGCCGAUCCGACAGACAGCUUGCGAUCUGUUUCGCGGCAAGUCUCGGCGGCGUUAGGUGUGGCGUGUUCGUACAUCACUGUACAACGGGUCAUGAAGGAUGAUGGUGAACAUGCGUAUCAUCUCCGGCGAGUGCAGUCACUAGACAAUGGACCGUUUAAUCAUUUAUUAGAACCUGGAGAUCCGCAACAGAGAUUGAGGUACUGUCAUUGGCUUGUGGGCGCGGUUGACGAAGAUCCUAACAUCUUGGAUCGUAUUUUAUGGACGGAUGAAUCCACUUUCGGGCGAAUCGGAAUGUUCAACCAACACAAUGAACAUGUGUGGGCCCACGAGAAUCCAUUUGCGGUGCGAGAAGAUCGUUCGCAGCAUAGAUAUGCCGUAAAUGUAUGGGCUGGUGUGAUUCGUGACCGAAUUGUGGGUCCAUUCCGUCUACCGCGAAACCUCAAUGCUGGUGCGUACCUCGAUUUUCUGCAACAUGAUCUGCCAGCUCUUCUAGAUGACGUCCUCCCAGAUCAAAAUAACAUCAUCCUGAUGCACGACGGAGCCCCAGCCCACUUUGCGCAGCCUGUCCAGGACCACCUCGACGAGUCUUACCCUGAGUGGAUAGGCCGUGGUGGUACCGUAGAAUGGCCAGCACGUUCCCCAGAUCAUAAUCCAUUGGAUUAUUAUGUUUGGGGAACGUGCAAAGAGGCCAUCUACUCUAACGGUCCACCUGGCAACGCAGAUGGAUGCUGGCAGGCUCUUCAAGAGUGGGCAGAAAAUGUGGCCCCCGAUCAAAUACAUAGAGCGACGCUCCAAGUUUUACGAAGAGCUCGCCUAUGUAUACAAAUGGAUGGGGGCCACUUUGAACAAUGCAUGAAGGCAGGGGGGGAUCCUGGUGAUGGAGUAGGCGACGAGGAGCUUGAGAGGGAUCCAGAAGAUGAUAACGAUCCAGACUGGGAGAUGGACGAAUAG